CUUCUUAUGCUUGGUCUGGUCCUGUGUAUAAAAAUAUGCUUCAGGCCUCAAGACUUGGGUUAAUCUUGCCAGAGCACAUUCCCAAAGGACCGUUUCCCCUUUUCAGUGAGCAAAGUCAAGGCCGCACCUCCCUGCACGAAAUUAGGACUGAAAAAGGAAACGGGCUCCAGGGAGGGUUUGGUGGGGGGAAGCAACUGCUGUUCCUGCAUGCAUGCACGCUCCUACGUGGGCACAUUGCAUUAUUAUUGCCUGGCGGGUGGCUUUGAAUGGAGACCCCGGCUGCAAAGCUGCAGCAGCCCCAGCUUGGGAUCUCGUUCUGCCCAAAGGAGCUGAAAAGGUUUUUAAAUAGCUGCAGCAAGUUAUACAUAGUAAGAGCGAGCGAGGGGUGGAAAAACGGAUGCUGUAUCUUUAACCCACAACGGCUGGAGCAGAUUUUGUUCUGAGCUAGUUAACAAUGGAAACUUUUUUUUUUAAGUGUUUCCCUCCAUCGGUCCUGCCAAGCACCAGAGAGAGAGAAAAAAAUGAAAAGAAACUUGUUCCGCUGAGUUCAACCCCAGACAGGCUCACAACUUCCUUCCUGCUUUCCGACCCCCUCCCCUCCCUACUCUCCCUCCCUCCCUCCCUCCCUCUCUCUCUCUCCCGCACAUUCAACAAACGUUGAAGAAGCAGCCAAUGACAAGGGCGGUGUUGCAAAAGUCGAGCGCUGAGCACGGCGGCAGAUCGGCCAACAAAACAAAAGUUCUCGAUUCUGCCGACCGAACCAUUCACUCGCUCUUUUGCAGCUCGGCUGCGGGGAGAGAGAGGAGGGGCAGUGAACGGACGCCGAAAAAAGCUGCGAUCUGACUGCUGGAAAUAAUUUCUGGGGUGUUUGGAAGUCUGCGCGCCUUGAUGCUAGGAGAUGUGAACUAAAGGUGCAACAGCCUCUCUGCGGAACAGUUGUUUAUGGAGCGGCGGGCCGGGGCCAGCACACCGCCUCCGCGCUUCUUCGGCUGCUCCCUGGGCGAUGCUGCAGCCGCCACUACUACUGCCGCCGCCGCCACCGCCGGCCCUGAGAGGACGUGGGCUGCUCGGCAGAGGCUGACCUGGGAGGAGGAGAAGGUGGCGGAGGAGGAGGAGGAAGAAGCGGACCCUUUACUAUGGCCGUGUCCUGCUAUACGCUCAACAGCCUAGUGGUCAUGAAGAGCGGCGAGGAAGACGAGGAGAAGGGCGGCUGCGGAGGCGGCAGGAGCAAGACGCCGCCCGUGACGCGCAGGCAGGUGCUGCCUGCUCUGGUCCCGGGAACCGAGAGGCACAGCAGCUACUGCCCGCUGCCCGGGCGCUCCAGCGCUCCUGCUGCCGCCACCCCAGCUUUCCUGUUCCCGCCGGCAGAGCCGCUGCUGCUGCAGGCUGGGGGCGAGGAGGAGCCUGCGCCCCGCGGGCCCCGCCGCCGGCUUAGCAGCCCCAGCUGGGCGAGCCCCCCUGGCCGCUCGCUUUCGCCCGGCUUGGAAGAGGCGCGCAGGACGGCGCGGCUCCUGCAGCGGCAGAACGUGCAAGUGACUCAGAAAGUGGGGCUCUUCGAGGCGCACAUCCAGGCGCAGAGCUCCGCGGGCGCCUUCCUCCUCAAGAGUCCCGGCGCGGGCAGGAGGAGGAGGUCGCCUUCGCCCAGCCCGGCUCGGGGCGCGCAAGUGCUUGGGCGCGCACCGGAGGCGGGGUCGAAGCAGCAGCGGCAGGAGGAGGAGGAGGCGACCGUCGAGGGACCGGAGAGCCCCCUGGCCCGGCUAGAGAACACAGGGAGGACGCCGGAGCAGGAGGCGGAGAAGAGAGAGACGGGCUCUCCGGUUGCGCAAGGCGCGAUGGAGACGGAGAACGGGCCACUUCUCAGAGCUCAGCGCCCGGAGGAGGAGAUGGGCGGCAGGAGAACUGGAGCGCAGGAGUCCAAAGAGUUGGAGAGCAAGUCGCCUCCGGCGCGCGUCUCCGAGGAGAGGGAGAAAGGGGACCCCUCGCCAAAGGCGCACCCUCGGGGCGCGAUGGACAGGGCGAAUGGGGCUUCCAGGACGCAGGAGGAGAGGAGGCCGGGGUCCGGUGGGGGGCAGGACUUGGAGAAGAGAAGCGGCUCCUCUGAAUGCCAGGACUCGAGAGAUGUGGUGAGCGCGAGGAGAUGUCAAGGGGUGACGGGGAACGGGAGGCCACUCCUGGAAGACGAUGCGCGGCGUGCCCGGGGGCCGCCCAAGGUGAGCGGGUCCUCCAAGCCUCCGGAUUUCUUCGAAGGCGUGCAGGGGAGGAGCGGCUUUCGUGGAGGGCAGGGCUCCGACGCGACGGAGAAGCCCCUUGGAGAGCCGCUCACGGCAGGAGACCCGCCUUGUGUUGCCAAGACUGACGGCGAGGAGGGCUGCUUGCUAGUUGUGGAGUGCUCGGCGAAGAAGCUGCCGCCGGCGCCCGAGCCUUCCCCAGACAUUAUGGCUGAAGCUAACGGAGCUGGGCUGCAAGAGCAGCAGCAUCCUGGGGGGCAGCAGCCUCUGCCUGGGACCUCGGCAGCCCUAGAGCAGCAGGAGCAGGGAAAGCCCCUGAUGGAAGCUGAGAGUUGCUGCGGAGGAGGAGGCGGAGGAAGCAGCAUCCCUGCUGUCAUAGUGACUGACCUGGGUGCUCAGGAGGAGGAAGAGGCAGGAGGAAGCCCCCGAAAGAACAUGCCUGUCAGGAAGUUGUCUUCCUCCUCAGCCUCUUCCACUGGCUUUUCCUCAUCCUGGGAAGAGUCUGAGGAAGACAUCUCCAGCGAUCCGGAGAGAUCUUUGGACCAGAGCCCAGCCUUCCUGCAAACCCUGGAUAAACCAAGAGUGAGCAAGUCAUGGCGGAAGAUCAAGAACAUGGUGCACUGGUCUCCUUUCGUCAUGUCCUUCAAGAAGAAAUAUCCCUGGAUCCAGCUAGCAGGGCACGCAGGUAGUUUCAAAGCUGCAGCUAAUGGGAGGAUACUGAAGAAGCACUGCGAGUCUGAACAGCGCUGCUUGGACCGCUUGAUGAAUGAUGUCCUUAAGCCGUAUGUUCCUGCCUACCAUGGGGACAUAGUGAAGGAUGGGGAGCGUUACAAUCAGAUGGAAGAUCUCCUGGCUGACUUUGACUCUCCCUGUGUCAUGGAUUGCAAGAUGGGAAUCAGAACCUACUUGGAGGAAGAACUAACAAAGGCCAGGAAGAAGCCAAGCCUACGGAAGGACAUGUAUCAAAAGAUGAUUGAAGUGGAUCCGGAGGCUCCGACUGAGGAGGAGAAUGCUCAGCGUGCCGUAACCAAGCCCCGAUACAUGCAGUGGAGGGAAACAAUAAGUUCUACAGCGACUCUUGGAUUCAGGAUUGAAGGAAUCAAGAAGGAAGAUGGCACCGUGAACAGGGAUUUCAAGAAGACCAAGACAAAGGAACAAGUCAUGGAGGCCUUCAGAGAAUUUACGAAAGGAAAUCGUAACGUUCUGAACGGCUACCUUAACCGGUUGAAGGGAAUCCGCGAUACCUUGGAAUUGUCACCAUUCUUCAGGGGCCACGAGGUAAUCGGGAGUUCCCUCCUCUUCAUCCACGACAAGAAAGAACAGGCCAAAGUCUGGAUGAUUGACUUUGGGAAAACCACCCCACUGCCAGAGGGAGAGGUCCUCCAGCACAACGUGCCCUGGAUAGAAGGGAAUCGGGAGGACGGCUACCUUUGGGGGCUGGAGAACCUCAUCGAGAUCCUAACGGAGUUGUCUCAGAGUGAAGACCUGCAUUAAAGUCCAGCUCUGCCACUACUCAGAAGCCAGCCCCUCAAACUGACUUUCUGAACUGCACUACAAGACACUUUCUGCCCACCCUCUCCUUCCCAGUUCUAAAAGUUAGAAGCUCCUUUUAUUUAAGGUGUAAAUAUGCAGUUAUAUAUUUGCCAGAACAAAUGCUGGACGUGAAGCCAAGCUUGGGACGAUGGAAGUGCAUACCAAUAUUGACUUUUUAGUCUUUAGCAGUUAAGCAUAGCGUAAAUUCCCCCUUCAGUAGUUCUUAUGCAAUCUGUGUUUAACCAGUAAGGGUUUGUACAGUUCUCAUACACCUCCGUUGAAUUAAGACAGUGCCCUAGUCUUGCUUAAAUUCUAUCUACCGGUAGCUCAAAGCUGCAGAGCAAAGGAGAGACUGAGUUGUAAUUAUCUGCUGCCCUCUUGUGCCCAAAGUUAGUACAUUACUUGGGCCGCUGAUUUUAAAGGCAGUUUGCUGGGAUUCUAGGUGCUCUUUCCUCCUGAGAAGCUUCGGAGUCUUUGGAAUCAAGAACUUAACGAGAACGUCCUUGGAGAAAUAUAACUGGUAUUCUUGAACAGCGGCCUUUUAACAUGUACUAACCUCAGUGUAGUUAAUCUGCAUACAGGAGCUUGUUGGAAUAACUUAAUAUCAAGUCUGCUUUUCAAUAUAUUCGAGCAAUUUCUUGCCGGCAUACAGCAGCUGCACAAUCGCCGAGUAGUUAGUUGAAUGAAUAGCAAAGCUCUGUCUGCUCCUGAGGGUUACAUUUGAUAGUGCAUCCUUUUGUCUACUAGGGUUGGGUUUGGACUGCUGGCGAAAAAAGUUCCGAUCCCUUGCUCUAAGCCAGGGGCUCUAACCCCCGCCAGGGGUUCCUGAACUACGACCCCCAUCAUCCCCGAACAUUGGCUGUGCUGGCUGGGGGCUGAUGGGAGUCCACAGUUUUCCUGCUUUUGCCAAGACUUUAGUUGUCUUGGAGUGACCUAGUAGCCUGUCAGAUGAAGGGCUGGCUUGCAAAGGGCUAUACCUGCCGUUCAGGUUUCUCUUUGUUAACACUGCAGACCCUUUUAAAGUGGCAAGCAACGUCUCAGGUGUGCUCUUGCAAAACAUUCCAGUACUCACAUCUCAAAGGGCGGCAUUUACUGAUGUCAGGAGGUGAGGACAGUACAUUUUCUUUUUUCCCCUCUAGGAAUUCACGAGUGCUGCAGAAACCUUGAGAAGGGGGACUGUUCAGUAGAGGUCACAGACUUUCCAGAGUUGUUUUUUUCUGGAUGGUGUCAAUACCGACAAAUCCUUAAACCUUUCCAUGUUCACGAUGCAUCCCAGAUGCUUCCAGAACCCGUUGCUUCCACUCUUCCCAGUAGUCAUGGGGCAACCCAGUUUGCCCUUGCAAUGCGCUGGCUGCAGUUUCUUAUCUCGAGUUGGUUCUAGCCCUGCAACAAGUGUGUGUGUUUUGCAGGAUGGUGUUUUGCCCUUUGGCUCCUUUUUCAGGGAUGCAAACUCCUCGGGGGAUUCCUUCAUUUGUAUCUCAUUAGGCCCCUAUCUGUCAACCUUCAGUGCUGUUGUAAAUAGUUGCUUUGUUUGGCUGCUUUUUCCCUUCAGGUUUCCUUUGCUGUUUAAUAAUAGCCUGUGUGGAAGUGCCUUAUGGACUACUUUCUCUUCCAUUAGUGUCAUGGAAAAGUGGUUUGUUUUUUUAAAAAAAGUUCUAUUUAUUGCCAUUCCUUUUUUUAGUUGCCUAGAACACUAAGUCUUAAUGCAUGGAAUCUUUUAAAUAAUAAUGCUAAGUUUUCAAAACAUAUUUUUUUUCCAUGUCUGGAGGGCAGGGAGCGAGUCCUUGAAGCAGUGUAAGUUUAUACCAUUUUUAAACUUGUAUUUAGCUUUUAAAUUGCUUCUCUUAUAUAUACAUUUUUAUUUUUUUAAGCCUGUUUGUAAAACAAGAUUCCUUGCUUUGUGGCUUUCAAAGAAGUGAAUUGUUUCUCCAGAUGUCUCUUAAGGCCCCCCUGGAGACUGGAACUCUUGCUGUGAGGUAGUUCUCCCAACACAUAUUUCUCCCGGAUUAGCGAUGACACGAAGAACUUGCUGAGUUAUAAAACUCCACCUAUGCACAGUGCCUGUAAGUCAAAUAACUCAAAAUAAAGGCAUACAAAAUG